AUGACAUUUGCUAAGGUGACGUCUGUGGUCAACAGGAAGUAGUGAGAACCGGGAAGCCGGAAGUAUCUGAAAUCUACGAAACUAUCUGGAAGCUGGAUAUACAUUCGCUAGUGUAGGCACCAAGAACCGAGGGUUCAUCAUGUCAAAUAUGGAAAAAAACCUGUUUAACUUGAAGUUUGCUGCUAAAGAGUUGCAUCGAAAUGCCAAAAAGUGUGAAAAAGAAGAAAAAAUAGAAAAGGCCAAAAUUAAAAAGGCUAUUCAAAAAGGCAACACGGAAAUAGCAAGAAUACACGCAGAGAAUGCAAUAAGGCAGAAACAUCAAGGCAUUAACUUUUUGCGCAUGAGUGCCAGAGUGGAUGCAGUAGCAGCUAGAGUACAAACUGCUGUUACAAUGGGCAAGGUAACUAAAUCCAUGGCAGGGGUGGUGAAGUCUAUGGAUUCCACAUUAAAGAGCAUGAAUCUGGAAAAGAUUUCAGCCUUAAUGGACAAAUUUGAACAUCAGUUUGAAACGCUGGAUGUUCAGACACAGCAAAUGGAAGAUUCAAUGAGUAACACUACCACCCUAACCACCCCACAGGGUGAAGUGGAUAGUCUGUUACAAGAAACAGCUGAUGAGGCUGGUCUUGAACUGAAUAUGGAAUUGCCCCAAGGUCAGACAGGCUCUGUUGGUACUAGUGUUGCAUCUACAGAACAGGAUGAGCUUUCCCAAAGGCUUGCACGUCUGCGUGAUCAAGUGUAGUUGGAGCAUUUUCUUUACCAUAAGCGCAUUGACUACAUUUCUUCUCUCUAUGUAGUACAUACCUGGAUUUGUUUUUCUGUGUAUGUCUCAACAAAUAAGUAAUUCUCAUACAAGAUUCUUGUUUCCUGACUUCCUUUUCAAAUGGCCAAAAGAUUCUGGAAGUCUCAAGUACAAGUUUGGCCUUGAAUAGAAUGCUAAUCCUGGACUGCUUCAUAUACCAAUUUGGAUUUGGUUCAAGAAAUGUACGACCAUUGCAUUAUCUGUUUUGAACCUUUAUGGUUGAGGUUUCCAAAGGUGUGAACAACAUCCUUAUAUAUAAGGAACUGACAGUGAAUUAUCUGCUCUUUGUGAAAACUUAAAAUAUAUAUUAUUUUGGUUUGCCUUUAAUUAAACUUUUUUUUUUUUUUUAAGUGAUCAAUCAUUUGUCCUAGCUUUGAGAUCUAUGCAAACAUUUUCCAUUAAUCUGAUAGUUAUGGUCUUGAAUUUCUCUAAUUUAUAUAUUGUGCUAAGAUCAUAGGAUGUUUGUUACAUGUAAUUCACUGGUGAAACUUUCAUGUAUAACCCUAUCAUUUAAAAAAGCUUAUCAGUGUAUGUGUCUGUUUUUUUUUUUUUUGUUGUUUUUCUUCCCCUACUAAAUUCACUAAUUAUCUUUGGGGGAAAUGUAUCAGAUUGCUGGUGGACAAGUUCUCAAUUAGGGAACCUGUCUGCCUUCAAUCGCCACUUGGGAUGCAGCAUCUUGUGGCAAAAUUUAACAUUGCACAAGAGCUCUCUUGAACCUGCCCAACAAAGCCUCAAAAGCCUAGCUAUCUUCCACAAUCACAAGGUUAAAACUGGUUUUGUGCAUAUUAAGUUCUACAAAUGAGGUCUGUAAUGACCCAGAGAUGUCCAACGUUUGACUGUAAGUGCAGUAUAUAGGCAGUUUCUUAAAAGUCCAUCUGUUCAGAUAAAGUUGACUUCUUCUUUCCAAUUUUCUCCUAUUGUAAAAUUUGCUUCUGCCUCUCGUGCUUAUUUUCCUUUCUUUUUCUUUUUUUUGUUUUAAAUACAACAAAUAAAUUGUACACUCUACAAAUAAACCAUGAAAGGCUUUCAUUUUGAAUCCAUAUCCCUUUAAGCAGCAUUUAAACACAUAAUGCAUUGGAUGAUUUCCAGUUUUAUUUUGUAUUAUCAAAUGUGUACCCGAAUCUUUUAACUUUUUUUUACUAGCUCCUUAGAUUGACAUACAUAGUCGAGCCAUGUGAUAAAUAUCUAUAUACAUACCUAUUUUAUGCAGUCAAGUUUUAAAACAAACUUUUUAUAAUUUUUAUUUAAUUUAAAUAAUCACAGUUGUCUUAAUAUCUGAAUAGUGAGAACAGAAUUAAAUAUUUGAUGUCUUUUAUAUUCAGAAUGGUACAGAAUGUAUUAUAAAAAAAGUAAAAUUGACUGCUUACAUAGAUGAAGAAUCGUGUAGAGAACAUGGCAAACAAUUUAUACAAAUGUUCAAAUAUUUUUUGCAUUUGUCUUUAUCACACCCAUGUAGGUAAAUUUAGUUUUUUUCUUUCUUUUGUAGUUUGACUUUUCAUUUAGGUUCUCUUGAAGGAUAAUAUGGUUUACUUACGUAUUUCUAUUUAUAAAAAAAGUUAAUUGUUUAAGAACAUUAAUACAAUAGUGUUGUACAGUGCUACCUACAAAAAUGUAAUUUGUUCUUUCUUGUAUGUUUAUUUCUUGAAUAAACCAUAUUUUCUUUGACUGAAGGCAUCUGCUAAACUGGCAAAUAUUCCGACAGAUUUUUGUUUGACAAAAAAAAAAAUUCUAAAAAAAAUAGCAUAAUUAAUAUCUCUUUAAGAGAGACUAUUUGGUUAUCCCCAUUAUAUUGCUAAGGUGAUAUUACAGACCUGUUAUUAUCAACAAAACAUUAUCAAAGUGAAUGUAUUUACACAGCAGUGAUGUUAGAUGCAGGGACCAAUGUAUAACUUUGGUAUAACUGUUGCAAAACUCAAGGUUAUGGUUUUGGGAUUAUAACGGCUAAACUCCCAAGACUAAGGCUAAUUUUCCCCUGUAAUAGUGAAUGGAAAUAAAAUGUAACAUGUGGAGUUGUAAUGAAA